CUUUGGAACCUCAUCAGCCUACAACCAACCGAAAACUGACUUCAGAUAUCAGGCAGAUUAUCCUGCCGUAGCCUUCAUGCAGAGGUUACAGAGAUGCUCAUCUCGGUUUGUGAAUGUUCUUUGGGUUACAGGCAAACGGACAGUGUGUCAUUCGCCUCGUUGCAUGAAGAUGGCCGCCGCUGCCAGUGCGUGUAGCGGCCUGCCAGCUACAACAGGGCUAUCUCUAGAGCUCUGGCAGUCUGUGCAGUAUGAAGUAUACUUGUCGCUCCAUAAUCCAUUCGUGCAAGGCUUAGCCCAGGGCACAUUGGACAGGCGCUCCUUCCAGCACUACGUCGCCCAGGACGCCUACUUUCUCAAGUACUUUGCGCGCGCGUACGGCAUCAUGCUCAGCAAGGCCCUCGCGCUGGACGACGACACCUACUCCGUCCUCAGUCGCCUGCUGCGCGGCGUGCACGCAGAGCUGCAGCUGCACGGCGCCUACGCAGCCAAGUGGGGCGUCAGCCUGGAUCUGGAAUCCGAGCUGGGGCUGAAGCCGCUGGCUGCUGCGGGUGCUGCUGACGGUGGUGGUGAUGUGGGUCAGGUUGCCGCUGCUGCUGCUGCGGAUGCGGAUGCGCCCCCGGCGGUUGUCCCCGGCAGUGGCGGAGGCGGCUGUGAGGAGGUGUUGGUGUGCGGGGGUCCCAGCGCCGCCACUCGGGCGUACACGGACUUCCUGAUGGAGGUGGCGGAGUCCGGCAGUGUGGCUGACGUGCUGGCCGCCAUGCUGCCCUGCUCGCGACUGUACGGCUUCCU